AUAUUGAGGAGAUCAGCACGUUUCCGCUUCCCAAUCAGACCUAGAUACGGACUUCAUGUGAAUUACUUGCUUGCAGAGUAAGGUGGUGAGUAUGUUCGUCUUCCUUGCAUGUGACGCAUAAGAGGGGAAAUAGAUCACUAGUACUUACGCGGCAUUAAUGGACAAUAGGAAGGAUAAUCAACACCCACCAACCCACAUUCUGGUUUCACAUGCUGUAGAACAAUUAGAUUAUAUAUGAAGUCGGCGCAUUUGCAACCCAACUCCGAGCUUUAGACAUAAUAAUUAGCAUGUUCGAACAAAUCACAGGUUGGCAAAUCGCUGUCGUUGGGGCAGUAAUAUUUUAUUUCGGAGCUAUCUUUGCGAGAGAGCAAGCCUUCAAGAGGAAAUAUGGUUGUAAAUCACCCAAGGUCGCACCAGGUAGUAGUCCUUGGGAUGGUUCCAUCAGAUUACUUUUAAGACUUUUGAGGAUGAAAAAGGAGGGUACUAUGAUGGAUUAUAUUUGUGACUUUUUUCUUACAGACCUUGGAGGCAGAUCUAUGUAUAUCAGGUUGGCAGGAAAAAAGAUUAUAUGUACCACCGAACCCGAGAAUGUCAAAGCUAUUUUGGCAACUCAAUUCAACGAUUUUGCUCUUGGUAACAGACAUGAACAUUUCAAGCCAUUGCUUGGAAAUGGUAUUUUCACCUUAGAUGAUGAAGGGUGGAAGCAUUCAAGAGCUAUGUUAAGACCACAAUUCUCCAGGGAACAGGUCGCUCACGUUCAAGCAUUAGAGCCACAUUUACAAGUUUUGGCUGAAAUUAUUAGACGUUCAAAAGGAAAGACUAUUGACAUACAAGAAUUGUUCUUCGAACUUACCGUCGAUACCGCUAGUGAGUUUCUUUUCGGGGAAUCUGUGGACUCAUUGAAAGAUAGGCUUGCCGAAAUGAAAGGAGUACCUCGCACCACUUCUUCUAUUGAUGGUAAGGCUGAUUUUGCGGAAGCCUUCAAUACUGCUCAGGGUUACCUUGCAACUAGAUCAUUCAGUCAAUCAUUUUACCUAUUUGUUACAAAUAGAGAAUUUAGACAAUCUUGUUCUAAAGUUCACAGAUUCGCAAAGCAUUAUGUUGAUAAAGCCUUACAGCUAUCUCCUCAACAGCUAGACGAAGUCUCAAAGAGUGGUUAUGUUUUCUUGUACGAAUUGGUCAAGCAAACUAGAAAUCCAACUGUACUUCAAGACCAAUUACUUAACAUUCUUGUUGCUGGUAGAGAUACCACUGCGGGGUUGUUGUCUUUUGUCUUUUACGAAUUAGCUCGAAAUCCAGAAGUUUUUGAGAAAUUGAAGCAAGAAGUCUAUUCCACAUUUGGAGAAGGGGAUGACGCAAAUAUUGAUGGAAUUACCUUUGAGUCGCUUAAAAAAUGUGAAUAUCUCAAGCAAGUCAUUAAUGAGUGUUUGAGAUUGUAUCCAUCAGUUCCAAAUAAUUUCAGAGUUGCCACAAAAGAUACUACAUUGCCACUCGGUGGGGGUGAGGAUGAGAAGUCUCCUAUCUUUAUUUCUAAAGGACAAACAGUUGCUUAUUCGAUCUUUACCACCCACAGGUUGGAAGAAUACUAUGGUAAGGAUGCAAGAGAGUUUAGACCUGAAAGAUGGACCGAGCUCAAGAAACUAGGCUGGGCCUAUGUUCCUUUCAACGGUGGUCCAAGAAUCUGUUUGGGUCAGCAAUUCGCGUUGACUGAAGCUUCUUAUAUAACAGUCAGACUCUUGCAAAUGUUCCCCAACUUGAUUUCAAAGGAUACUGGAUCAUAUCCACCUAAGAAGAAUGUGCAUCUCACUAUGAGCCUCUUUGAUGGUACUCAAGUUGAGAUGUAUUGACCUCAAUAACCCACACCAAUGAUCAUUAUGAACAGUUUAUGCCAAAAUAUACAAAACUCAAAC